GGGCGGCCGGGGCCGUGGGGGGGGCGCGGUGCCGCGCUGAUCUCGCGAGAGCGCCCAGGCUCAGGCGGCGGGGCGGGCGGCGGCUCUCGCGAGAGCUCCGGCGCCGGACCCAACAUGGCGGAAGAGGAGGUGGCCAAGCUGGAAAAGCACCUGAUGCUUCUCCGCCAGGAGUAUGUAAAGCUGCAGAAGAAACUUGCUGAUACAGAAAGGAGAUGCAAUCUUCUGGCUGCCCAGGCUAACCAAGACAAUGCCAGUGACACCUUCAUCAGUCGACUUCUUGCCAUUGUAGCUGAACUCUAUCAGCAGGAGCAGUACAGUGAUCUGAAGAUAAAGGUUGGGGACAAGCGCAUCAGUGCUCACAAAUUUGUCUUGGCGGCACGCAGCGAUGCUUGGAGCCUUGCCAACCUUGCCUCCACAGAGGAGCUGGAUCUGUCAGAUGCUGACCCAGAGGUAACCAUGGCAAUGCUGCGGUGGAUCUACACAGAUGAACUGGAGCUGAGAGAAGAUGAUAUCUUCUUGACAGAGCUCAUGAAACUAGCUAAUAAAUUUCAGCUCCAGCUGCUUAGGGAAAGAUGUGAAAAAGGAGUUAUGUCACUAGUUAACGUCAGGAACUGCAUUCGUUUCUAUCAGACGGCCGAGGAGCUGAAUGCCAGCACCCUCCUCAACUACUGCGCUGAGAUCAUCGCGAGUCACUGGGAUGACUUACGUAAAGAAGACUUCAGUAGCAUGAGUGCUCAGUUAUUAUAUAAAAUGUUCAAGUCAAAGACAGAAUAUCCUUUGCAUAAGGCUAUUAAAGUGGAGAGAGAAGAUGUAGUCUUUUUGUACCUUAUUGAAAUGGAUUCACAGCUUCCUGGGAAGCUCAAUGAGUUGGAUCACAACGGUGACCUUGCUUUGGAUCUAGCCCUUGCCCAAAGGCUGGAGAGUAUCGCAACUACGCUGGUCAACUACAAGGCUGAUGUAGACAGGGCAGACAAGAAAGGCUGGAGUCUAUUACAUAAAGCCAUCCAGAGAGGAGAUAAAUUUGCAGCAAACUUUCUCAUUAAAAACGGUGCCCGUGUGAAUGCUGCUACGUUGGGAGACCAGGAGACACCUUUGCACCUUGUGGCGUCCUACAGCCCCAAGAAGCAUUUGCCAGAUGUCAUGGCAGAGAUGGCACAGAUAGCAGAGUCCCUCUUGCAGGCUGGAGCCAAUCCAAAUAUGCAGGACAGCAAAGGAAGGACCCCAUUACAUGUGUCAAUUGUGGUCAGGAAUGAACCUGUAUUCAGUCAGCUUCUCCAAUGCAAACAACUAGACUUGGAGCUGAAGGAUCACGAAGGAAGCACAGCUCUGUGGCUGGCAGUUCAGUAUAUCACUGUGUCGUCUGAUCAGUCUGUGAACCCCUUUGAGGAUGCCCCUGUUGUAAACGGAACCUCGUUUGAUGAGAACAGUUUUGCAGCAAGGCUCAUCCAACGAGGCAGCAACACAGACGCUCCAGACACAGUAACAGGAAACUGCUUGCUUCAGAGGGCGGCUGGCGCAGGAAAUGAGGCGGCUUCUCUCUUCCUAGCAACACAUGGAGCAAAAGUCAACCACCAAAACAAAUGGGGAGAAACACCACUGCAUACAGCCUGUAGGCAUGGCCUGGCAAACCUGACAGCAGAACUUCUGCAGCAAGGAGCCAAUCCAAACAUCCAGACAGCAGAAGCGGGGCUUGGUCAGAAGGAUGCAUCUUCCCCAGCAGCAGAGAGUGUUUAUCUGCAAACUCCCCUCCACAUGGCCAUUGCUUACAAUCACCCAGAUGUGGUGUCGGUCAUCCUGGAACAAAAAGCUAAUGCUCUUCAUGCUACCAACAACUUGCAAAUCAUUCCUGAUUUUAGUCUAAAGGACUCGAGAGACCAGACUGUGCUGGGAUUGGCUCUUUGGACAGGCAUGCACACGAUAGCAGCCCAGCUGCUUGGGUCUGGGGCCUCCAUCAACGACACCAUGUCGGACGGACAGACGCUGUUACACAUGGCGAUCCAGAGGCAGGACAGUAAGAGUGCGCUCUUCUUGCUGGAACACCAGGCAGAUAUAAACGUCAGAACGCAGGAUGGAGAGACUGCCCUACAGCUGGCCAUAAAGAACCAGCUCCCCCUGGUGGUUGAUGCCAUCUGUACCAGGGGAGCUGACAUGUCCGUGCCAGAUGAGAAAGGAAAUCCUCCUUUGUGGCUUGCCUUAGAGAACAACCUGGAAGAUAUUGCAUCAACUCUGGUCAGACACGGCUGUGAUUCAACCUGUUGGGGGUCAGGACCAAGUGGCUGCUCACAAACUCUUCUUCACAGAGCUAUUGAUGAGAACAGUGAACAAAUAGCGUGUUUUCUUAUCCGCAGUGGUUGUGAUGUGAAUAGUCCCAGAAAGCCAGGCCCAAAUGGAGAAGGAGAAGAGGAAGCUCAUGAUGGACAGACACCCCUACACCUGGCAGCCUGCUGGGGACUAGAAGAGGUGAUCCAGUGCCUUUUGGAGUUUGGUGCCAAUGUCAAUGCUCAGGAUGCAGAAGGAAGAACUCCAAUCCACGUUGCCAUUAGCAACCAGCAUAAUGUUAUCAUUCAGCUUAUGAUUUCACAUCCAGAUAUUAAGCUGAAUGUACGUGACAGGCAAGGGAUGACCCCCUUCGCGUGUGCGAUGACGUAUAAAAAUAACAAAGCGGCCGAAGCGAUUCUGAAGCGGGAGCCCGGAGCUGCUGAACAGGUUGAUAAUAAAGGUCGGAAUUUCCUCCACGUAGCUGUUCAGAACUCAGACAUUGAGAGUGUGCUGUUCCUGAUCAGUGUGCAGGCAAAUGUGAACUCCCGGGUCCAGGAUGCCUCCAAACUAACACCUCUGCACCUGGCUGUCCAGGCUGGCUCGGAGAUCAUCGUGCGUAAUCUGCUGCUUGCAGGUGCCCAGGUGAAUGAACUGACUAAGCACCGUCAGACUGCUCUUCACUUGGCAGCCCAGCAGGAUUUGCCCACAAUUUGUUCAGUCCUUCUGGAGAACGGAGUAGACUUUGCAGCUGUAGAUGAAAAUGGAAAUAACGCUCUCCAUCUGGCAGUGAUGCACGGCCGUCUGAACAACAUCCGGGUCCUCCUCACAGAGUGCAAUGUGGACGCAGAAGCCUUUAACGUUAGAGGCCAGUCACCAAUGCAUAUUUUGGGACAAUAUGGGAAAGAUAAUGCAGCAGCCAUCUGUGACCUCUUCCUGGAGUGUAUGCCAGAGUACCCUCUGGACAAGCCUGAUGCUGAAGGAAACACAGUGCUGCUCUUGGCUUACAUGAAGGGAAACGCCAACUUGUGUCGUGCAAUAGUGAGAGCUGGGGCUCGGCUUGGAGUUAACAAUAAUCAAGGAGUCAAUAUCUUCAACUACCAAGUUGCUACAAAACAGCUUCUCUUUAGAUUGCUGGAUAUGCUGACAAAAGAACCUCCCUGGUGUGAUGGCUCCAACUGCUACGAGUGCACUGCCAAAUUUGGAGUCACGACAAGAAAGCAUCACUGCCGACACUGUGGACGCCUGCUCUGCCAUAAGUGCUCAACAAAGGAGAUUCCUAUCAUAAAAUUUGACCUGAACAAGCCCGUUCGAGUUUGCAACAUCUGCUUUGACGUCCUGACUCUGGGAGGAGUCUCCUAGUACCCUGGGGAAGCAAAGGGAUUCUCCGUCAGUGCUCCCGACAGCAGCUCUGCUUAAAGCCCUCUGGAUAGGGAAGAGGAGGCCUAUAUAUGUCUUCUGCAAUAGACUGAACUAAUUAAGGACCCUGUUAUGAUAUAUUCUGGUAUAAAUGACUUUGUAUGACUGUAAAUGUAUCGGGCUGUGAUAGACUUCACUAGGAAUUCGAGUGGAUCGUUUGAAACCAAGUGACAAAAAAGAAUUUGGACCCUCUUCUAGUUGCAGCGGGGUAUGGAAGUGAAAAUUGUUGGGCUGAUGUUUGAAUUGAUGUAAAACAGGUGUGUCCUUGACAUGGUGCUUUGCACUGAGCAACUCUAUUAAGUCCUGUGGCUUUCAGGCUGCUUAGUAGAGACGGCAUUAAGUUUCAGGGUAACCAGGUAUCCUUUUUUUUUGCUUUGUCUUAAAGAUAAACGUUCCCUUUCUCUAGAGAAGACCUCUGGUGAAGCUAGACUGAGCUGUUACAACCACUGUUCAUUUCAAGAAACUCUUCAAAAAACGGGGGGUAGUUCUAAGCAUAGCUCCAGAAUUGUGGCCUUACAACAGAAAGCUUUACACCAUCUGAUGCAAAGCAGUCAGAAUUGCAGACCCACCUCUUGAUACCUCCUCCAGUAAACGUCUCAUUCGCUUUAGCAUGUUCAAGAGAAGUGCAAAGUUGGUUUUAGCUGGUUAAAUACUUUUGCUCAUACCUGCUAGAGCUGUCAAAGUCUUUGUUGCACUUUCAUAUUUCCGUUGCUAGUCCUUCCAAUUCGUGUAUAAACAAACAGAAGUGUGCUGAAAGGCCUAAGUGUUUGCUAAAUGGUUGAAAACACUAAAACUGGUUGAAUAGUCUAACUCACAGCAAUAAAUGCUGAAGUGCAUUAUGGAUCCCAUGAGGGACAGUAGCACUUCCCUUUGGUUCCAAGACCCUGGUGAACUGCUGCAGGAGAGUCAGUGACCCUACCAGUAUAAAGUGUGCUGCACCUCUGGGCGUUGAAUUGGGUCCAGUUUCAGCAGGAUGGCUGGUCAGUGGGAGUGUGUUUGGAGGCUUCCUGUUAACAUGAAGCCUCUGGCCUUGGAGGAGGGAUUCUGAACUGGCAGAGCUGUGCCAGGCGUUUGGAUUAAAUCGCAUUAUCCUAAUCUAGGCUGGUCGUGCUCUCUUAAACAUGCUGAAUCUACAAAAAUCCAGCACCACGUUAUCUAGUUAAACAGGAGAGAACUGCUGUUAGACAAAGUUAUGGUUUGGUGGGCAAGGGCUUCAGUCAGGGGGGAAAAAUAGUGUACUUUAGCAAAACUACAUGCCACGUUAAGGCUGUUUUCAUCCCAAGAGAUGAACCUAGUUUAGAUUCAGCUCAGCAUUCCUCAUCCCUGCUCCAUGAACUGUUUAUUUAAUGACUGUUAGCCCCAGUGUACAGGAUGGAGAAGUUGGAAGAGUGAUGUCAGAGUAAGAUGGGAUGGUGACCCAGACUGCUGCUGCUGGGGGAGAUUCACUAGAGGGUUUUUCUCAAACUUGUACAAGAAAAGGAUGGGAGAGGGUGUAACUGCUGACAUUUGCACGAUGAAUUUCGCAUCAAGUCUCACAUGAUCUGCACUUUGAUCUUCCAAUAUGAGUAGAUUAUAACUGGAAUCUCACCCUUGUAACACUAGAGAAGAAUAAUGGACGAUUAAUACAAAUUUGCCUCACUGUUUGGUGUCUGCUGCUGUCGUGUGCCAACAGAAUGCCCUGGGUAACACAACUGGUCUCUGUGACAGUGAAUACAAACGGUGCAUCGCUGGCGUUAGGGGUGGAAAAUAAUCAUGUCUGAAGCAUUUAACUGCAACUACAGUUUGGGGAUUUGUGUUUUUUUUGAGUGAAACAUGAUGGAAAACCCUGUACUUGAGAAAGCAGUGGACUGGAUGGUUCAGAGCAUCACUGGCUGCAGGGCUUGAGCAGUGAAAGACAGUGAUCAUGGAGAGAGAGUGCAUUUGAUGAAAGAAGUGCUGACUGUAGCGUAUCCCAUGAGAUCAUGUUGACUUCACUCUUUGUUUGGAGCUACAGUGCUAAGGAGCAGUGAGUGUGAGCUCUGGAUCCUGAAGGGUAGUGGUAGAGGAGUGGUGGCCACAGCCUAUGGACUUCUACUUAAUUGGAAAGCUGCACAACAUGUUAAUUGCUAAAGCUUUUAAACAUCCUGUUUUCCGGUGACUUCUCUGAUGGAGGGGGCAAGGGAACGGGGAGCUCUGUUCUAACAGAAUAAGCAACCUUUUAAAUGAUGAAAAAUGUAGAUCUUGUGAAUCAAUGGCAGGUUUAAGGCUGGCUAGUUGCUCUUUUUAAAAUGAGAAUAUUAACUAUAGCUGCCCCAAACUCUGGGAAAAGUCUGGGAAAUGGUAUGUGAUGCUCCUAGUUUGCUCUUUACAGCCAAUACUGUACCAGGUUUCUUACUGAGGUCUGAAAGCAAAGUUAGUGAUAAACUAAUGUACAGCCUGAAAUGUUCAAUUUAAAACAAACUGAAUUCAGCAAAUUUGAUCUUUUUGAAGUGCCUUGGAGAUAAGUUUCCUUCCAGCCAACACUAAAUAGCUUUCUGCCAGAGUUAAAGGGGAAAAGCUCACAGCUUGAACUAAACCCCAGGUUAGUUCUUUUGUAGUGCUUCAGCUAAAGAGGCUGACUUUCCUCCAGACAACUGGUGGGGCUUGGUCCUUGAUGCCCUUUGCCCAGAAUUGGUCUGAAUUCUCUCACUUUGGACAUUUUUGGGGAGUUUUGCUGGCAAUGCUCCACUGCAGGGUACAGACCUGAAGGGAGGCACUCGGUGACGUAGUGGUGGUCAACACAUUUCUAACUCUGUAAACAACUCCUCUUCCUUUUUGUAGCACAUCACAGUUGUGACCAAACCCCCCACCCCUCCUACCCCUGCUGUCUUUGAGUGGUAUCUAUUAACUUGUGGAACAAAAAGGGGGAUUGAAAACUAAUUUCUGGGGGUUUUUUGCUGUCACACCAGGCUUCAGGCACUUCAGUGGGGCCACAGGGGAGGUCUGUGGUGGCUCCUACUGUAGCGCUUUGUUCCCAGACUGGAUUCCUUUUGCUUGCAGUCAUCCCAUGCUCCUCCAUGAGCACAAAAUGUGGUCUGGCUUAAGUUUUUAAUUUUGUGUAUCUGCAAAAAAAGGUAUAGUCACUGUUUCACACCGCUAUGUGGAGUGAGAGUGUUGGUGUUGAAGGUACUAACGGCGCAUCGCAAGCUGCUGGUCAAAACUGACAGAUGCCUUAACGACUUCCCGUGCUGGAGACCCGUGGCUCGUGCAACCCCUCACCUAGUGCUUAGAAAUUAACACGUAACAAUUUGGGAGGCCAAGGCUGGGUUUUGUUGUAGAUCAAACGUUAACAGGCAAGUCCUCUUUUUCCUGUAACCAGUGGAGUUGGGUACUGAGCAAUCUCUUAAAAAAAAAAAAAGAAAUAGAAAUCAAAGCUUGUAUGAGUGACAAAAAAAUAACUCUGAACCUUCUACUACCCUCUGUGAAAUAGAAAAGGAAGUCUUAGAACAAUGGCAUUUUAUCUGCAAUGUUUGUCUGGAGUCAUUGUAAAAAUGUAUUUUUCCAAUAUGCAUUACUUUGUUGUGUAAUAAUUCUACUUGUAAUAAAAUGCAUAACUAGAUAAUGCAGCGUGAGGUGGGAACCUUGUUAAGAAAAGAUCUUCUCCUGCAAAGACAGCUGCCCCUCUGCAAGCAAGGGAAACCAGGGCUGUGACACUGAACUGGGUGGGACAACUUUAUUCUUUGCUCUGAAAUGUUAAUGGUGGGGAACCGCUACAACUGUUCUUCUGGCUGACAAGGUCUGGUGUUUAUCCUAUAGAGUCAUCUGAAAUGCCUUAUGAGAUUCAUCUGUAGUCAUUCUGAUGAAAAAAAAUCACUUCUUCCAGGCCAGAGCUGGUCCAUGAUGUAAAUCAGUUCUCAGCUCGGUGGAGAAGCUGAGUGUUGGUCUGUGCCCUGGUGGGCAGUGGGGGGGCCUGGAGGAGCCUGUACCUGCUCCAGCUUCACUGCAGGGAAAGGGCAGCUCCGGUGCAACAGCAAAACCAACCCCACCAUCUGGGUGAGACUGUGACACACUAGUCUUUUAUUAAUAAAACUUACUAAACCACA